AUGGGAAGCAAUGGAAAACAUGCAGCAGAAAGGUACGCAGUGGUUACAGGGGCAAACAAGGGCAUUGGUCUUGAAACCGUUCGGCAACUUGCAUCUCAAGGUGUGACAGUUGUUUUGACAGCUCGAAAUGAGAAGAGGAGGAUGGAGGCUUUGCUGAAGCUCCAGGAGUUGGGUUUGUCAAAUAUAGUCUUUCAUCAGCUCGAUGUUUUGGACCCAGUUAGCAUCAAGUCCUUGGCCAAUUUCAUCCAGGAAAAAUUUGGCAGGCUUGAUAUCAUGGUUAAUAAUGCAGGAGCUUCUGGAGUUGUGGUUGAUGAGGAUGGCCUAAAGGCCUUAAACAUUGACCCCUCAUCCUGGCUUUCAGGGCAGGUUUUCAAGUUGAUUGAACUUCACGGAGUGAUUGAAACAAAUUAUGAGAAAGCAGAAGAAUGCUUGAAUACUAAUUACCAUGGUGUGAGAAGAGUAACAGAAGCUGUCCAACCACUAUUACAGCUUUCCCCUGCAGGAGCAAGGAUAGUAAACGUGUCCUCCCUCAGGAGUGAGCUAAAGCAGAUCCACGUCGCUGACCCAUGCCACCGACCCAACCCCAACGCCGAUCCUCGCUGCCAAUCCGCAAAGCCUCGGCCGCCGACGCAUUUCCCCUUCCCCAGAUCAAUGUUGGGUGGCCGAAACGGUCUUGGGUUUGGUGUUGGGUGGCCAAAUCGGUGUUUUGAUCGCUUCAAAGGCGUUGAUUUGGAUGCCCUUCUCGACAUGUCCACAAACGACCAUGUCAAGCUCCUCACUGUCAGAGAUCGUAGAAGGUUUCAAAGUGGUCUGAAGCGAAAGCCCAUGUCUUUGAUCAAGAAAUUGCGCUAAGCUGGUUUGGGUCUCGUACUUGACAAUGACGGCAAUACCAGUCUUGGACUCUUUGCGUUCGCAACAUGCUAGUAUCUGACACUUCCCAACCUCAAAGUCUCCUAUCAGCACCACCUUGAAUUCACAGUCAAUCCUCUGUUCCGAAACUCCAUAUCCUUCUUUACCUUGGCUUGCCAUUUUCU